CUCUUUCAGUAUUUUUUAUUCAGAACCAGAGUUUACUCCGCAGGAAAUGGAUAAGACAUUUCUAGAGGAGUGAGAUGGAAGGAAAUUAAAAAGAAGAAAGCUUAUUGACCAAUUUCAGGCACUAUCUCUUGGUGAAAGCGAAGAUCAAUCAUUCGACUGUCCAAUGGAGUUAGACAACAAUAAAACAGGAUAUAAGGUUAAAAACAAAAGAGAACAAAAAUUUGCCUCUAAGCAAUAUGGCAAAUCGAUGAUGAAAAUGGAUCCAGACUAUUCAUUUUCUAAAUCUAGAAAAAUGUCUAAAGGCUAUUCACGAUUACAGAAAUCAUUAUUUGGUGAAAAGGUCGAUGUAUUGGGAACAUUACAGAAAGAACAGUCGGAUUGUUGGACAUUAGCGGUUCCAUCUCAGGUCCAAUUAGAAGACAAGAUGCAUGCUCUUCUCUCCAAAUGUCAGAAAUAUUGCCCUAAAGUGUACUCUAAGCUGCAUAAAUACCUAAGGAAAUACCUGGCCAAGAACCCGUUCUUCAAAGAAGAAUGACCAAAUAUAUUUUCCAUGAUCAGGUUCAUCACAACCCCUCCUGGGCGUACGGUCCUGAACAAAGUUGUCUCCAAGAUCUACAAAAAAGAGGCUAUCCCCUGCAGAGCCAUGACUAGUGACUACUUCAUCAAACUUAACUGACAAAGAUCACAAUUUAAAUGACUUAAAGCAAAUGAGACUCUUGUCAUGAGCGUUAUUGAUACAGACAAAACGGAUAGGAACGAGCAAGCCACACUGGAAGAUAGAGACCAAGACGAUUACACCCUAAGCGAUGACGAAGAUCUUAGUCAAUUCUCAAUGGAAUAUGAUGUAGAUCUUAACGAAAAUUUCAAUCAUAAUACCAGUGACGUUAAAUUUUUCGAUGACUUACUUUUCCACCAGUUCUGGUCAGACCUCGACUGCGAGAUGUCAGAAGAGACCCCCUUAGUCUUCCCUAACCCAAACUGCAAGGUGGAAGAAAUUGAUUAACACAUAAUUAUUCUGGAACUUUAACUUCUCAAC